AUGGGGAACAUUGGGGUUGGCAACGUGAUGAGCACUGUCUUAAAAAACAUUUCAAUGGUGGAUGAAGUGACUCCAAACGGAGAAGAUCUUUCCUACAUGCUUGAUGAGACAACUCCGGUUAAGGCUUGUGGGGAUUUGGCUUGCCAUGUUGAUCAUGAUGGUGGUGUUUUAGAGAUAAAAGAGUCACUUGAAGAAGUUUUGCCACAAGCAUCACAGUGGGAUUCUGGUUAUCAAGAUAUUUCUGCCUCCAGUUACAAUGGCUUGGAUCAGUCAUCUGAGCGGUGGAUCGCAUACUGUUUUAAUGACUCGGAGAUGCAUUUUAGUCCCAAUAAUAUAACAAAGAAUCUCCCUGGAGCAUCUGAUAUUCAAAUUGAUAUUUCAGGUAUGAAGUCCUUCAUCCAGAUACCCACGAAGUUAGCUAUUUCUGUUGCCUAUCCAUUUGCUUUUAUCAAACCUUGUAGGGUUCACGGAGAUGUCACUUUGAAUGAAAUAAACCAGCGGAUCCACACUCCACCAUCGAAAGCAAAGCUAAAGGAUGAAGAACCCGUCGUUUACCUCAUGUCUGCUUUUUUCGGGAAGCCUGUUGUUGGCAAAACUAAAAUUCGCACAGAAGAAGGGAAAGGAAGCAUCACAAUUAUGAGAACUAAAGGCUUAUAUGAUAAGUGUCUUCCUAAGUUGCAGCCUGAGUCCCCUUUACUCUACGGUCGAGUUUUUUUGCUAUGUUGUUCUCAACCCUUCAAGUACAGAAGUUGGUAG